AUGCCUUUCGGAGUCAACCCUUUCCGGAAAAAUGACCACGACUUCCCUGGGGUCGUGGUCCCCCUGUCCGAAGCCCCUCCGCAUCACAAGCCGAACCCUGAACUAGAAAAAACCGACCGCCCUGAUGAGAAGACUGACAAUAGGAGCUUGGAUAGGGCUCCCUCCUCGGAAGCCGGCGUAGGGUCUGUCCACAAUUACAACACCCUGACCAUCGAGGCCCUUCGCGCUGAAGUUGAGGCGGAUGUUGCGACAUCAGGCAAAGACACUGCGUAUGACCGCAAGGCAAAACUCAUCAAUAGAGCCAUCCAGGAUAUUGGCAUGGGCCGUUACCAGUGGCAACUUUUUGCGCUCUGUGGUUUUGGUUGGCUAGCAGACAAUCUCUGGUUGCAGGGUGUUGCAUUGACACUAACCCCGAUUGCCUCGGAGUUUGGGGUUUCUACCACAUGGGUCCGAUUCACAACAUGCUCCUUGUUCUUGGGUCUUUGCAUUGGUGCAUCGUUCUGGGGUAUCGCGUCCGACAUCAUCGGCCGUCGCCCGGCUUUCAAUAUGACCCUAUUCAUUUGCGGUGUCUUUGGCAUCGCCGCCGGUGGUGCCCCAACUUGGAUCGGAGCCUGUGCCCUGUAUGCUUGUUUGGGUCUUGGUGUAGGCGGUAACCUGCCUGUCGACGGGGCUCUAUUUUUGGAAUUCCUGCCUUUUGCUUCGGGAAAUCUUCUGACAAUGCUGAGUGUCUGGUGGCCUCUCGGCCAAUUAAUCUCCAGUCUACUCGCAUGGGCGUUUAUUCCGAACUACAGCUGCAGCAGCGAUCUGCCUGCUUGUGGUAACGUUGCUAGCGGAGAGGCGUGCUGCACUAAGCAAAGCAACAUGGGGUGGCGCUACUUGUGCUUCACGCUGGGUGCCCUUACUUUCGUCAUGUUCAUUUGCCGCUUCUUCCUCUUCCAUCUAUACGAGUCGCCCAAGUAUUUGCUUGCACGCGGCCGUCAGAGCGAUGCUGUUGCUUCCGUUCACGGCAUUGCCCACAAGAACCGAACCAAGACGUGGCUGACUGAGGAAAUUCUUAACGAAAUUGGUGGUUAUCCUGAGGAGGUGGCAGACGAAAAGCUCAGCUUUGCUGAAAUUGUGCGGAGGAAUCUGUCCAAAUUUUCCUUGGAGCGCAUUGGACCCCUCUUUUCCUCCAAAAAGCUUGGUUUCUCCACCGUUCUCCUCUGGUUCUGCUGGGCCACGAUUGGAAUGGGAUAUCCCUUGUUCAAUGCCUUCCUCCCCCAGUACCUCGAGCGUGCAGGUGGCUCCAGCUCCAGCUCUACUUACAUUGCCUACCGGAACUAUGCCAUCACUUCGAUUGUCGGUGUCCCUGGAUCGAUCCUGGCCUGCUACACUGUUGAGAUCAAGUAUGUUGGCCGUAAGGGUACGAUGGUUAUCUCCACCUUGAUUACCGGAGUGCUGCUCUUCUGCUUCACGGCCUCGACCAACUCCAACAUCCAACUGCUUUGCUCCUGCCUCGAGGCUUUCUUCCAGAACAUCAUGUACGGCGUCUUGUACGCCUACACUCCCGAGGUCUUCCCGGCUCCGAACCGUGGCACAGCCACUGGCAUUUCCAGCUGCCUUAACCGCAUUGCGGGACUGUGCGCGCCUCUCGUGGCCAUCUACGGCGGAAGUUCCAACCCAGAUGCUCCUAUCUACGCAUCUGGUGGAUUGAUCCUGGCCGCAUUCGUGGCCAUGUGUCUUCUCCCUAUUGAAACCCGGGGAAAGCAGACGCUGUAA